AUGGAUACUGCGCCACCACCCGCCGCCAUCGUUCCAGCAAACUCGCCGCCUCCAAACCCCCAAACGGUAACCAUCACCCGGCUGCCGCCCUUCCAGCCGGACCUGUAUACCCGCGCCUGGUCCUCGGUCCCGCACCCGACCCUGCCGUUGCUUGCGACCGCUCACGCAAAGUCGGUCACCGUCUUCUCCCUCGCCACGUUUACUAAGCACAGCGCCCUGACGGGAGGCCACGCCCGCUCCGUCCGCACGGCUGCGUGGCAACCUCCGAGGAGUAAUAAUAGUAAUAAUAGCAAGAGGUUGGGACUGGUCACGGGGAGUUUUGAUGCCACUGCGGGCAUGUGGAGUUAUGAUGGUGAUUCUUCCGGGUCGGGGGAUGGGGAUGGGAACGAGGUGGUGCUGGAGAGGGAGGUGAAGAUGGACAGGGACGAUGAGCAGGACAGUGAUGGGGAGGAGGAGGAAAAGGAUUGGGAGUUCAACCUGGUGCUGGAAGGUCACGAGAACGAGGUGAAAUCGCUCGCCUUUUCCCCGGGCGGCGCGUACCUUGCCACGUCGAGCCGCGACAAAACCGUUUGGAUCUGGGAGGAUGUCUCGGCCGGGCCGGAGGACGAGGACGAGUGGGAGACGGUCGCCGUGCUGAGCGAGCAUGAUGGGGACGUCAAGGCUGUCGCGUGGUGUCCGUCGCAUUUGCCCAAUGCGGCGGGAAAGAGGGGGAAUUACAGUUCCGAUGUGCUGGCUAGCGCCAGCUAUGAUAAUACCGUCAGGAUAUGGCGGGAGGAUGCCGACGGGGAGUGGGUGUGCGUGGCGGUGCUGGAGGGCCAUGAGGGGACCGUUUGGGGCGUGCAAUGGGAGGGGAGGGAGAGGAAAAAUGGGAAGUUCCCAAGGCUGAUGACGUUUUCGGCGGAUGGGACGAUCAAGGUGUGGAGUUUGCGGGAGGAGGAGGAGGAGCAGGAUGGGGAUGGGGCCCAGCAGGAGGGGAAUCCGUUUCGGUCCGGGUUUGGCGGCAUUCCGAGUACCAUGAGGCGGUCCAUUAGGGAGGACUGGGAUUGCACGGCGGUGCUGCCCAAAGUGCACUCGCGAGAUGUCUACUCAGUAUCGUGGAGUGCCGACACUGGGUUGGUGGCUAGCACGGGCAGCGACGGGGUUGUCGCGGUGUACGCUGAAGAUGAGAGCGCGCCGGCGGACGCUCCCAUGCCCUCGCCGGGGGCAGAAGGCGCGGCAAAGGACGGCAUAGUCGCACCGAAAAGCAACUGGCGUGUGUUGGGCACCGUUUCGAACGCCCAUGGCCCGUACGAGAUCAACCACAUCACAUGGUGCAAGCGGUUUGACCCAGGCGCAGAGCUCAAGGGCAAGGAAGAGAUGCUGGUCACCACGGGCGACGAUGGUGUUGUCCGCCCGUGGCAGGUUAGGAUAUCAUGA